AUGGGAUAUGGAAACGCAGUCGCCAGCACCCAUACAAAGCAGCCUCUUAUCUCUUUUGGUGUAAUAUCAGAUGUCCAAUAUGCCGAUAUUCCCGAUGGCCGCUCGUUCUUAGGUGUCCCUCGUUAUUAUCGGCACAGUCUUCUCGUUUUACAAAGAGCAGUGCGAAAUUGGAACGAGAAAAAACUGAAAUUCGCCGUCAAUUUCGGCGACAUUAUCGAUGGCUUCUGCCCCAAGGACCAAUCUCUAGACGCAAUCACGAAAAUUCUCGAAGAAUUUCGUUCUUUCGACGGGCCCACGUACCACAUGAUCGGUAACCACUGUCUUUACAAUCUACCUCGUGAGAAGUUACUCCCUUUAUUGAAUAUUCCUUCCCAAGAUGAUGGCCGAGCGUAUUACGAUUUUUCUCCAAUCCCCGAAUUUCGAUUCGUUGUCCUCGAUGGCUAUGAUAUAAGUGCCAUAGGUUGGUCGAAAGACCACCCGAACGCGAUAAAGGCGGUGAAUUUGUUAAACGAGAAAAACCCGAAUUCGGACAAGAAUAGCCCAAACGGGCUCGUGGGGCCAGAAAGGAGGUAUCUCAUGUUCAACGGUGCAGUGGGCCCAGAACAGAUAGAGUGGUUGGAUUAUAUUCUUCAGGAUGCGACUAAAUUAAAUCAGAAAGUAAUAAUAUGCUGCCAUUUACCGUUAGAGCCAAGGGCCUCGACGAACGACUCGUUGUUGUGGAAUUAUGAUGAGGUGAUGGAAGUAAUACAUAGGUACAAAUGUGUGAAGGUUUGCUUUGGUGGGCAUGAGCACCAGGGCAGUUACUGUGUGGACUCGUACGGCGUGCAUCAUCGGGUUCUCGAGGCGGCAUUGGAGUGUCCUCCGGGUACGGAUGCUUUCGGUUAUGUCGAACUUUUCGAUGAUCGUUUGGUGCUUACUGGUACGGAUCGAAUGGGAAGUCAAGAAAUGGUUUUUGUUUAA